AUGUUGCGCUCAUCAAUGCGCCUCGGCACGGCGCGAGUGCCUGCCCUCCGCCAGCCUCUCAGUGCUCGUGCACUAAAAGGCAAUACGAUCCUUCCCCGGAAUACCUGGGCAAGAGCUGCCUCAACAGUAACCGACUUGGAGAGUUAUCCCCAGGUUGGUGAGAAGCUCCACGGGUUCACGAUUCAAGAGAAGAAGCAUGUGCCGGAGCUUCAUCUGACUGCGGUUUGGUUGAAGCAUGACAAGACAGAUGCGGACUAUAUGCAUGUGGCUCGGGAUGAUAAGAACAAUGUGUUUGGAAUUGGAUUCAAAACCAACCCUCCGGAUGCCACGGGUGUGCCGCAUAUUUUGGAGCACACUACCCUAUGUGGAAGUGAAAAAUUCCCUAUCCGAGAUCCCUUUUUCAAGAUGCUUCCUCGUUCGCUUUCCAACUUUAUGAAUGCCUUCACAGCCUCCGAUCACACCACCUAUCCCUUUGCUACAACCAACCAGCAGGACUUCCAGAACCUACUAUCUGUCUACCUCGAUGCAACUUUACACCCUCUUCUCAAGGAGUCGGACUUCCGCCAAGAAGGUUGGCGCCUGGGUCCCGAGGAUCCCCGUGCCUCGGAGUCUGAGAAAAAGGCUCAAUUGGAGGAUAUUGUUUUCAAGGGUGUUGUCUACAACGAGAUGAAGGGCCAGAUCUCGGACGCAAACUACCUCUACUACAUUCGAUUCAAGGAGAGCAUCUUCCCUUCGCUGAACAACUCCGGUGGAGAUCCAGAGCACAUCACAGAUCUCACCCACAAACAGUUGACCGAUUUCUCGAAGCGCAACUACCAUCCCAGCAACUCCAAGAUUCUCACUUACGGUGACAUGCCUCUGGCAGAUCACUUGAAGCAGGUUGGCGCCGUGCUGGAUGGUUUCCAGAGGGGACAGGCCGAUACUGAUGUCAAGAAGCCUUUGGAUCUCAGUCAAGGACCCAAGAGUGUGACUGUUCCCGGACCUAUCGAUACAUUCGCCAGCGAAGACAAACAACACAAGACCUCCACUUCUUGGUACAUGGGUGAUACUACUGAUAUUGUGGAAACUUUCUCCGUCGGCAUUGUUUCCUCGCUUCUUCUUGAUGGUUAUGGCUCGCCUAUGUAUCGGGCUCUUAUUGAGAGCGGACUUGGCUCUUCCUUUACGCCAAACACUGGCCUCGACUCGUCUGGCAGAACCCCCAUCUUCUCGGUUGGCCUCAACGGCGUGAGUGAAGCGGAAGCCCCCACGGUCAAGGAUGUGGUCCAGAAGGUCUUUCAAGAGUCUGUUUCGGCUGGCUUCAGCGAGGAGAAGGUCCGUGGAUUCCUUCAUCAAUUGGAACUUUCCCUCCGCCACAAGACUGCAAACUUUGGCAUUGGCGUGAUGGAGAAGACCAUCUCGACGUGGCUUAACGGCUCGAACCCGAUGAAAGAACUUGCUUGGAAUGAUGUCAUUGAGGAGUUCAAGACCAGAUAUGCGCAGCCUGGUUACCUCGAGUCAUUGGUGCAAAAGUAUCUUAUCAACGACCAGUGCAUGACCUUUACUAUGGUUGGCACACCCACUUUUAACAAAGAGUUGGACGAGAAGGAGGUUGUCCGAAAGGACAAGAAACUCGCUCAGCUCAUUGAGCAGCAUGGAUCUGUUGAAAACGCCGUCGCUCACCUUGGAGCAGAGGAGUUGGAACUUCUCAAGAUCCAGGAAGACGCCCACAACGCCGAUUUGAGCUGUCUGCCAUCCGUGAGAGUUAAGGAUAUUUCACGUGAGAAGGAGCGCAAGCCUAUCCGCGAGUCCAAGGUCGAUGGCGCUGACGUUGUUUGGCGUGAAGCCCCCACCAAUGGCCUGACCUACUUCCAAGCCUUGAACGACUUCGUCGAUCUCCCCGACGAUCUUCGUUUGCUCAUGCCCCUUUUCAACGACUGUGUUAUGCGCCUGGGAACUGCUAACCGUUCUAUGGAACAAUGGGAGGACUCGAUCAAACUCAAGACCGGUGGUAUCUCGACUUCCUCCUUCCUUGUGUCUUCGCCAACCCAUCUGGAUCAGUUCAAGGAGGGUAUGCAAUUCUCCGGCUUCGCUCUGGACCAAAACAUCCCCGAGAUGCUGGAAAUGCUUUCUGUUCUGGUUACUGAGACUGACUUCAUGAGCCCUGCUGCACCGGCCAUGAUCCAGGAGCUUUUGCGAAUGACCACCAACGGAGCCCUAGAUUCCAUUGCCGGAACUGGUCAUCGUUUUGCAGUCAAUGCUGCGGCAGCCAACCUCUCUCCUACCUUCUGGGUUCAGGAGCAACAAUCUGGUCUUGAGCAGCUACAAGCCACUGCCGAUCUCCUCCGGGAUGCCGAGUCCUCUCCCGAGCGUCUGCAGGAGUUGAUUGAGAAGCUUCGCCUGAUCCAGUCUUUCGCCAUCUCUUCGUCCAACCUCCGCGUUCGCAUGGUAUGUGAAAAAGAGAGUGCCAGCCGCAACGAGUCUGUCUUGCAGAAGUGGAUCUCUGGACUUCCCCAAUCCCGCUCCCCAGCCUCCGCCCCGGGAAGCUCGACCUUCCGUCCAGUCAACAAGGCCUUCUAUGACAUGCCCUACAAGGUAUACUACUCCGGCCAAACUAGCCAGACUGUGCCAUUCGUCGACCCCUCCAGCGCCCCCCUCAGGGGUGCUUAUGGUGCCGGUGCUAGCAAUGGACCCCUCAAGGGCAUCUUCACCUUCAUGAGUUACCGUGACCCGAACCCCCUGAACACUUUGAAGGUCUUCAAGAACAGCGGUGUCUUCGCCAGAGACCGCGCCUGGUCCGAACGUGAGAUUGAAGAGGCCAAGCUUGGUAUCUUCCAAGGACUUGAUGCCCCUGUCAGUGUCGACGACGAAGGAAGCCGCUACUUCAUGAGCGGUGUCACCCACGAAAUGGAUCAGCGUUGGAGAGAACAGGUCUUGGAUGUCACCGCCAAGGAUGUUAACGAUGCGGCCGAUCAAUUCCUGGUGAAUGGAUCUCGCCAAACGACUUGUGUCCUUGGUGAGAAGAAGGACUGGGCUGAUGCUGAAUGGGAGGUUCGCAAGCUCUCCAUGGAUGGACAGAAUGGCACCCCUGCCUCCGCGUGA